AUGUCGGGCAUCACGUCGCAAAACGAGCGUGGCCAAGGCGUCUCCCACGCCACGGGGGAGUCCAAGGUCCCGUCGUCCGUCCAGGACAAGGUCCCCAAGGGUGUCGAGGAGAGCCUCCCCGACUCGGUGCAUCCUACUGGAUCCAACCCCGGGCAGUCUACGAACCAGACGCAUGCCAAGGACGGCGGCGCGGCUUCCAUCGUGCCGCAGAAGCUGCAGGAGAAGCUGCCCGAGAGCGUGGAGAGAGCGGUUCCGAAUGUGCUUCACGAUACUGGCGACAAGGGCGGGUUGCAUAGGAACAAGUAG